AUGGUUUAUCAAGUGCAGCGUCUAAUUUUUCGAACGAAAUGUAGUCAGAAUUGUACAAAAUUUUUAUCUUUGAAAUUAAAGGAUUCAAUCAUUUUGAUAAGGCAUUUUUUGAAAGUGAAAUAUCGCUCUAAACCUUUACACUUUUUAGUUUUAUGUACAACGUUUAAAUUCUAUGUCAAUGAUAGUAAAAAUAAUCACAAAACGAUAUCUGAUUUGUUUCCUUUCAAUUAUGAAUAA